AUGGCUUACCACUUGUUCAAAAAAUUACAAAAGGUUAGCAGCAAAGAGAAUAAACAAAAGAACGAAAAGAAAAAUGAUGAUAUUGAUGAAUGGAUAAAAUAUUUGAAUGAAAAUAGUAAAAAAGAAAAAUUGUUGGAGGAACGCGAUAGUGAUACAAGCAAGGAUGAUAAAAAUAGUAGUUAUAUUAAUGAAUAUGUAGAAUAUUUGAAUAAAGUUUUAAAAUAUACAGAAUGUAUAAAAAAUAAAAAAGAUAUCGAAGAGAAUAGGAAUGAAACUAAUAAAGAUGAUAUAUAUGGUAUGAAUAAUGAAGAUGAACACACAAAAAUUAAAAUAAAUAUGAAUAUAAAUAUGAAUGAUGAUAUUGAUAAAGGUUGUAGUUAUAAUGUUAAUAAUAAAUCGCCAUAUAUUAAAAAAAUUUGUAAAAUAUUAUAUAUUAUUGAAAUAUAUAACAAUUUUAAAAAUGAUUCAAAUAAAUGUGAUAUAUGUAUUAAAAAUAAUGUGUUUGUUAUAUUUGAAGAUAUAUUUUUAAAUAGUUUAGAGAUAUUAAAUAAAUUAUUAUCUUUAAAUAAAGAUAUGUUUUUAAAAAAAAAUAUAAAAAUAGAUUGUAAUCAAUUAAAAGAGUAUAUAAAUAAUAUUAAUAUAUUACUUACUGAAACAAAUAAUGGAGAAUUAUUUUUUUCUCUUUUUUUCUUAGAAGCCGAGAAUUCUAGUUCCAUAUUUUUAAUAUAUGAAAUAAUAUUAAUUCUUCAGAAAAUAUAUAUAUAUGAUAAUAUUAAUUUUUAUUUAUAUGUACAUAACAAUAUUAUAUAUUCAAAUAAUGUAAAUUCAUCUUAUUAUUAUAAUAUCUAUUCAUUGAAGUGUUUACAAAUAUUGUAUCAUGAUUAUUAUAAAGAUAAGACACAAAUUUAUGAUGAAGACUUGAAUAUAUAUGCUACAAAAUUAUAUCACGAAUAUUUAAUAUUAUUAAAUAAUAUAAAGAAGAAUAAAAUAAUGUACCUUGAAUAUAUAUCCAUCUUUUUUAAUGAAAAUCCUAAUAUGAAUGAGGAUCUUUUAAAUGAUAACAUAAAAAAUAAAAAUGACCUUCAUGAAGAACAAUAUGUAUACAAAACUAAAACAAAAAGUUAUUAUAUAAUUAAUAAUAAUAAUAAUAAUAAUAAUAAUGAUUUUUUUUCUAUACAGGCAAAUAAAUCCUUUAGUUCUAAGUUAUUUAUUUCAGAAGACAAUAAAGAACCUCAAAGGAUAUUGAGAAAAUUGAAUUGUAUAAAAAAAUGGAAUAACAACAUGAUGAUAUAUUUUGAUACAUUAUGUGAUCCUUCAUCACAGGAGGAUUUAAAUAUUUAUACAUAUUUGGAUGAUAUAGAAAAUAGAAAGGAAGAAGUGGAUAAGAAUAAAAUCAUGAGAAAUCAAAAUAGUGAUCAUAAUGAUGAUUGUAUUAAAGCAUUAAAUAAAUGUAAUUAUAAAAUACAUAAUUCUAAUGUAUCCGAACAUGAAGGAGGAUCAUCCAAUAUGGAUAUGACACAUGAGAAAGAGACUAAAAAGGAUAAUGAUAAAUUAUAUUAUUCAUCUUAUAGUAGUAAUGAAGAUAAUAAAAACGAGACAUCUACUAAUUACUUUAGUAGUGAUAUGUCAAAUUCAUUUGUUUCUAUAGAUCAGGAAUCUUAUUAUUAUAAUGAAGAAAAUUCAAAAAGAAUGAUAAAUAAAAGGAAAAAAGAAAAUAUGAAAUAUAUAGAAGAAGAUAAUUUAUAUUUAUUAAUAAUACGAAAAAAGAAAAUAGAUAAUAUUAGAAAUAAUAUACAUAAAUUGGUAUUAAAUAAAAGUAAUUUCAUAGAUAAAUUAUUGUCCAUAGUUAAUUGUAAUCAGGAUGCUUAUCUCAUUAAUGAGAUUUUGUUAUUAUUUUUAUUAUUUUCAGAAAAUUCUACUGAAAUUAAAAAUAUAAUAACAUAUGGACGAAUCAUAGAAACCGUGAUGAAGAUGAUUAAAGAGGAACAUACAUGUCUUUUUGAAAAAUCUAAAGAGUUGUAUUUUUUAAUAAAUGACAUAAAUCUAAACAUGUAUGAUAAGGAAAAAACAAAAAUUUUUAAUUACACGGGUUAUAUGGAACAUAUGAGAAAAUAUCAAGAUGGAAUAGAAAUACAAAAUAUUGAUACAAAUAUUGGAGGUAUGGAUAAUUAUAGUAAUUAUUAUCUUAAAAAGGAUGUGUUCAAAAGUUUGGAGGUGUCGAAUAAAAAUAAUAAUAUUGAUAAUAUAUUAUGUAGAAAAGAGUGUGAUGAAAGAUUAAAAGAGGCUAAACAAAUUGAUAACGAAAAAGGGGGGGAAAAAAAAAAAGUAGAUACAUAUAACAUACAUAAUGAUAAUAAUAUAUAUAAUAAUACAUAUUAUUAUAAUAAUAUUAUAAAUACCUUUCUUGAAGAAAUACAAAAUACAAAUAAAAAAGACAAAGAAAUGGAAUUAUAUUUAGAUAAUAUUUCAAUAAAUAUAGAUAUAAAAAGUAGUUUGUUACUUUUAAAAGAUUUAAUUAUUAGCAGUGAAUUUGGUUUAAAAUAUAUAUACGAAUUAAAUAUGUUAGAAGAUUUUAUACUUAUUAUUAUUAAUUUAUAUAAUAUUAUUUUAUAUAUAUAUAAAAAUGAUCUGUAUAAAUAUUACCAUAAUACAUUAUAUUUUAUCAAUAUAUUCUUAGAAAUUUUUUAUAUGUUAUCUCAUUAUGAAAAUAAAAAUAAAGACCAAAUCGGUUUAAAGAAAUUGUUACCUCUAAUAAAAAAUUUACAAUUUUGUGAAAACUCUUUUUUUUUUCUAUUUAAAUUUAUAUAUAUAUAUAUGUAUAAAAUUAUCAAAAAUGUAAAUAUAUAUAAUUCUUCUGAAAAUAUAAGGAAUUUUAAAAAUCAUAAAGGAUAUGUGGAUGCAGAUCAUUAUUCCAAUUUUAAAAAAAAUAACGCCCAUAAAAAAUGUCAUGAUGAUAAAAAAAAUAGUGAUGAUGGUAAAAAAAUUAGUGAUGAUAAAAAAAUUAGUGAUGAUAAAAAAAUUAGUGAUGAUAAAAAAAUUAGUGAUGAUAAAAAAAUUAGUGAUGAUAAAAAAAUUAGUGAUGAUAAAAAAAUUAGUGAUGAUAAAAAAAUUAGUGAUGAUAAAAAAAUUAGUGACGAUAAAAAAAUUAGUGACGAUAAAAAAAUUAGUGACGAUAAAAAAAUUAGUGACGAUAAAAAAAUUAGUGAUGAUAAAAAAAUUAGUGAUGAUAAACAAAAUAAUGAGUAUAAUAAUAAAUGUCUUGAUAAGAAUGAUCACAAAAUUUUUCUUCUUUGUAAUAAUAAUAGUUUAUCAAGUUUGUGUGCACAAGAUGAAAAUGACAAAGUAUUAAACAUUUUUAUAAACCAACAUUUUAUACAUUUUUUUAAUAUUUUAUGUAGAUUUUUAUAUUACGAUGAAGAAUGGUGUAUUCAUUUUUUAUUUAAUAAUUAUAAUAAAGGUUCCAAAAAAAGUAUUGAUAUACAUAGUGAAGAAAAUAUUUUUAUUGAGGCUAGUUUUAAAAUUCAGAAUUAUUUUUUUCUAGAGGAUAUAUUAACUUAUUAUUUAAACAAUUUAAAAGAAGUAAAAUAUAUAGAUAUGUUAUUGAUACUAUUAUUUUAUUGUAAAAAUUAUGUUAUUCAAAAAAAUAUUUAUGAAUUUUUUAUUUGUUUAUGUGAAAAGUAUACCAUUUUAUCGACUUAUCUGAAUACACUAUUUUUUGUUGAUCACACCAUAUUUUAUUAUUUUAUUAAUUAUAUUAUGGAGAGUAUAAGAACGUCUUUUCUGAGGAUAAAAGAUAAAAUGAUUCGAAAGGAAAAAAAGAAAAAUAAUAUUAUAAAAAAAUAUGAUAAUGAAGAUAACACAAAUAAAGGAAAGUCUAACGAUUCGUAUACAGUAUUAAAUUCAUGUAAUAAUAAUAAUAAUAAUAAUAAUUAUAUUAAUGAGAAUAUUAUAUAUGAUCAUAAUAAUAUAUCCUUCUGCUUUUUUGUUAAUUAUAUGAACGACCUAGAGUUUUUAAUAAAAAUUUUAAAUAUAAUAAAUGUAUAUAUAAAUGACAAAGAUGAAAAGAAUGAAAUAAUAGCUGAUAAUAAUGAUAUGGCAAACAUCGAUUUAAAUUUUGAAGAAAUUAUUUAUUAUAAUAGUAUAUAUAUAAAUAGGUUGAAAGGAAAAGAUAUGUAUGGUUAUUUAAAAAAAUUAAAUAAUAAUUUAAUGAGAAAUAUUUUAAUAUUAAGAAUAAAUAAUAUUUUAUAUAAAUAUAAUAAUCAUCCUAUUGAUGAUGAAUAUAUAUAUGGAUCAUUGAAAUAUCUAUUAUAUUUUUUAUCUAACAAAUUAAUAUGUAAAAAAAAAAUAAAAUGUCUUAUAUGUGUAUAUAUUAGUAUACUUAUUAUAUAUUAUUUAAGAAAUGAAGAAAUAAAAAUUAUGUUAAUACAAUAUAUUAUACAGAAUCAUUUAUUCAAUGUUUUAUAUAAUUUAUUAAAUUAUUAUUGUACAUAUAAAUUUAGUAAAAAAUAUUCCUUCCUUUCUUCGUUAGUAAAAAAUAAGGAUUUACAUAUAAAUAUUAAAAAUGUAUUAGAUAUAAAAAGAAAUAAAUAUAUCUUCUAUUAUUCCAAUGAAAAAGCACUUUAUUUUAUACACUAUAUUUAUACAAAUUUUAUACAUCACUCAUUUUUAACAAACGUUUUUGAACAAAAAGGAAACUUUUUUUUAUAUAACCCUGAAUUAAAUAAUAGGUCAGGUUUAAGAAAUGUUGAGGAAACAAACAAAAAAAAAAAAAAUAAAAAAAAAAAUAAAAAUAAAAAAAUAAAAAAUAAAAAAAAUAUAAAUAUAAAUAUAAUACAAAAUAAAAAAAACAUAAAUGUAAUACAAAAUAAAAAUGAAGAUAAAAAAAAUCAAUAUCUAUUAAAUUAUAAGGAUAAAAACUAUGAUUAUAUAUAUAACAAACAUUUUCACAAUAAUAAUGAUAUAUUUACUUUAGAUGAACAUAAAUCCUUUUAUGAUAAUGAUUUUAAAGGGGAAUCGAAUUUUAUGCUUGCACAAAAUAAAGAAAUAUCAAAUGAUAGACAUUAUAAUUUAUAUUCCGCGCCUUCCAAAAAGAAUGGAAAAAAAAAUAAGAAAAAUAAAUUAAUAAAAGAUAUAAAUGAAGAUUUAUGCUAUUUACGAAAAAAACUAGACAAUCAAGAAAUAGAACAUAUACAAGAAAAGGUUUAUUUAAAUAAAAUCAUUGAAAAAAAGAAUGAUAUCAUAAACAAUAUUUUAUAUACAUAUGUAUUAUUAAAAGAAAAGAAUGAAAAAACAGAGGAAGAAAAUGUGCACUUGAAAAAUGCAUUAUUAUUAAAAGAAAAAGAAAAUGAUAUUAUUUUAAACAAAAAUAUAGAUACUAUUAAAAAUGAUUACAUAAAUUUAUUAAAAAUUUUGGAGAAAACGAAAAAUGAAAAGGACAAAAUCAAUACACAAUUAGAUAAUUACACUGAUUUGUUAAUAUAUUUAUAUGAUAAUAUUAAAGAAUGCAGAUUGUAUAUGCAAAAUAUUGAAAAUAUUACUUUCUUUAAAAAUAAAAAUGAAAAGUAUAAUCAAGAAAAAUAUUUCAAUAUACAAGAGAAGACUGAUCAAUCAAUAGAACAUUCAAUUAAACCGGUUCAUAAGGAUGAAAUAAAUAAUGUCAUCCAUGUGGUGAAUCCGAUGGAUAAGAUGAGUGUAGAUAAUAAAAGUAUAAAUAUAGUAAAUGAAAUAUGUGAUAAUAUUAAUAAGGAAAAUGAAAUGAAUGAAAAAAAAAAUAAUAUGGAUGAAAUUUAUUACCCUGAUAAAAAUUACAAUUAUAAUGAAAAAAGGGAACCAUUGGAUAAUUUAAUGUAUAAUCAAAUGAAUAGAAAUGGAUUGUAUCAAAAAGGUGAAGAAAUAUAUGAACAGUCAUGUAAUGAGAAAAAUACGCAGCCAUAUAAUGAGACAAAUAAGGAGCCAUAUAAUGAGAAAAAUACGCAGCCAUAUAAUGAGAAAAAUACGCAGCCAUAUAAUGAGACAAAUACGCAGCCAUAUAAUGAGACAAAUAAGGAGCCAUAUAAUCAUACAAUUGAACAAACAUACACUCAACAACAUGAACAUUCAUAUAAUCAUACAAUUGGACAGUCUUAUAGUCAACAAUAUGAACAUCCAUAUAAUCAAACAAAUGGACAAUCAUACCCUCAACAACAUGAACAUCCAUAUAAUCAACCAUAUAAUGAAAUGUACGUACAGCCUUAUGACACUUCAAAUUAUCAAUCAUAUAAUCAAAUGUAUGGGCAAUAUUAUGAUAAUACAAAUUUUGAAACAUAUAAUCAGAUGUAUAAUCAACAUUAUGAUAAUGCAAAUUAUCAAACGUAUAAUCAAAUAGAUGACAAUAAGAAUAAUCCAAACUAA